ACACUCAACUCAAGUCGAGCAACAAGUUCGGUUUUUUUAUUUAACUUUUAAUCCGGCCCGCAAAACAACAAAAUCGUAUUUGCUGCGCCGAGUUUCGUUGUUUCAAUUGUAGUCUUAGUGAAAAAUAGCAAUAACCACUUCGAAUUGAACGCAUCAGUGCACUUGUUUCUUUUUUUUGUUCUUGUGGAUCAGUUUGUCGUUUUUGUUCUUGUUGUCGCUGCGUGCGUAGAAUUUGUGAAAAGAGAAAGUUCUGCGCCGCCUCUUUCUCCGCCUCUCUUUCCCCAAUUCUUCCACACAGUCGUGGCCAAGAAGUUGCGCCUGCGCAGCGACAAUUUCACAAGAAAUCGAGGUCGAUCGCGAGUGGUAAAUCGCUUGGAACAGCAUGGGCACCAAGCAGACCGUAUCUCCAGUGGCCGGAAAGGAUAAGGCCAACGAUUCCUCCAGCGGAUCUCCAUCGAAGCUUAAGUCCAAUGGCCAGGUGCAGGGCAAGGCCAAAAACAAGGAGGUUAAUGCUCUGCCGCCCCAGAAAUCGGUGGUCAUAGCCUAUCUAUGCUGGCUUUUCGGCGGAAUCUUUGGACUGCAUCAUCUGUACCUGCAUCGCGAUCGCCACGCCUUCAUUUGGUGGUGCACCCUGGGUGGCUACAUGGGCAUUGGCUGGAUGGGCGAGCUCUUCCUGAUCCCCGAAUAUGUGCGGGAUGCCAACGAGGAUCCCAAGUUCGUCAAGAUGUUUGUGGCCAAGCUGCAGGCGUAUCCGAAACCGCCGUAUUCCUCGAAGAGAUUCGUCGGCCAGGUGAUGAUCGGCCACCUGUUCGGUCAGGUGUGCUCCAUGGCCAUUCCGGAGACCCUGGUCGGCGGCUGGGAUCUGAGCUUCCUACACUGGACGAUACCGCUGUUCGUUUCCCUGGGCGUUUGGAUUGUGGGCAACAUUGGCCGGGAACAGGGUGUCUGGUGGCACUGCCUGGUGACCGCCUAUCUGGCGUAUCCGGCGAGGUAUCUGAUAUACGACGAGACCUACUCACUGCUGUUCACUGGCCUCGUGGCGGCACUGACCUUUGACGGCUUGUCCAAGCAGUGGCGAAGGACUCCGCCACGAAGGGGAAGCCCCGGUGAAAGGACCUUUAAGCUCACCACCGCCGUGAUCAUCUACUGCGCCUUCUGGGGCAGCUUCCUGUACUUCAACGGCACCAUUUCGGACGAAGAUGGCGGCGAGGUGCCCAUCCACGAGGCCAUCCAUAACUUCUUGGCCUCCGCCUGGUGGACAGAUCUGAAGCAAGCCCUGCAGGACACCUAUAACUAUGCGCAGCAUCACGGCUGGUACGAGACCUGGAAGGAGGUGUUCGAAAGCAUGGACGUGGAUGGCGAACGCAAUUCAUACAAGGUCUUGGGCGUGAGUGCCACCGCCUCGCAGGCAGAGAUCACCGCUGCGUACAGGAAGCUCUCCAAGGAGUACCAUCCCGACAAGGUCAAGGACGAGGGCUUGCGGGCCCAGGCCCACCAGCGCUUUAUCGAGAUCCAGCAGGCGUACAGUGUGCUCAGCAAGAUCAAGUCCAACCGGCGGCGCAAGAACAAGCAGUACCAGGAGGAGGAGGCCAUCGUCCUUUGAGGGGAGCGCUCCUCCAUCUAGUCUAAGUAUAUGUAACGACUAGGAAAUAAGAUUCUUCACAUGCGAUUACUUAACGAAAUAGUACCUAAAAUGCUGCUAAAGCACAUAUUGCGAAUUCUUUAAAUGUUAUUCAUAUUAAUUUACUAAUGCCUAUCAGCUGUAUUUGUUUCCACAUGUAUUUAUUACCAUAAUUCAGCGUUUUUUGUUGUCAAGACUGCGUUUAAAAAUAUUAAAGCACCAUAUAAUUGUUUGAAAACACCAAAAAUUAUUUUAAAAUAUCCUUGUACUGGGUAUCCAUAAGUCGGCCAAAUCGACGCAACUUCGAUGCGACUAGAAAAAAUAGAAAAUUAGCUGCGCUUACGUGUCGUCCGUUAAGAAAGUGCCCUUAACUAAUUAACGCGUGACCGGCAAGAUAUUACCAAAUCACGUUUCCCGCUCUCAGUGAAAGAAUUCAUUCCAAUUAGAUUUAUAUUCAUUUAUUUAUUUUAUAUAUUUUACAUAAUAUAAUGAACUACUUACGAGACUAAGCAAAAAAAAAAAGAAAAAUAUGUAUUGUAAUUUUUUUUCUCACAAAUUUUUUGUGUGCGUGUAUUUUUUGCAUUAAUAUUUAAGUAAAACGUUUAAAUAAAACGAACAAAAUUUA